ACAGUGCGCAUGCGCCGUACAGUGACGUGUCCAGAAAGUGUCAAACAGAGGGAUGUAAAAAUGAUCAAAAACUCAGCGGAUAAACUCGCGGAGGUUCCCAUUAGUCACCGGCAGCUGCAGUUCGGAUAAUAAUCUCUACCGUGGAGUCUCUGUUAGUUUUAGCGUCCUUAGCCUAACGUCGUGUCCGUAGUUGAUCUGUUUUAAAUCGGUUUAACUCACUUUUGUACUCGCGUCAUUGAGCGUCGAGCUAACCGAGCGACGGUUGAGCUAACCGGAGCUGGUGAACCGGUCACAGCCUGAGCGUUAGUAUGAUAACCGGCUUAACUAUCUCUUAACAUGUAACUAAUGUAAACCUGGGAGCGUUAACGUUAGUUAGCCCUUUUAGCUUAGCUCUACCUCCUCUCACUUCGUACCGACUUCAGUAGCUCCCAGCCCGGUUCUCCAGCCGGGCAGCUGGCAGCAGGACACACCGAGGCAGCGGGGGAAGAAGAUGUCUCGAAGGCGGCUGGACAGUCGGAGCGGGCUGUCCGCGGGGCUUCUCGGGGAAAUACAGACCCCCAUCAGCACGGAUGCUAUCGAGAGUGUUUAUGAAAUCACAGGAGAGCUUGGAAGGUAAGACUAACAAUGUUUACUGUUAAAUAAACUACAUUAAAAACACAGGAAAGAGUCCCAGACUGUAAUGGAGACUGUUUUUGGUACUUUCCAACACUAUUUAUCCUACCAAUGAAAUAAAACCAUAACUUACCCCAAAAAUAAGAUCAUCCUCAACUUGAUUAGAGACUUAAAAUUUCAUGAACUGUGUGGUGAGUCUUAAUAGAUGCCUUAAAUGAUAUGAUGACUGAUGCAUUUCAGAGCACAUGAACUGAGGACGGCAACUGCUGAAGUUGCGUGUGCACAAAAUAUCGAUUCGCACAAAAUAAAGACCAAAAAAACAAAACAUGAAUUUUUACUGCAUUUAGACCACAUUAUUAAGAAACCGAGGAGGACCACGGCAACGCGUGCCUUUCAUAAUAAGCUAUUUUUUCAAAAUAAAAGACAUAUCAAACAUCACAUAUUAAAUAUUGACUUUUUUGACCAGCUGUUUGCGACCCAUCCAGAACGUGUCCGCAACCCACUUUUGGGCAGGGACCCACCAGUUGAGAACCACUGCUGUGGAUAACAUGGGCUUUCAAAAGUAGGACUGUUGCUAUAUUUCUGAGCUCUCUUAAGGCAAUAAAGUAGACAUUUUAAUCUCACUUUUGGUCCUGGAGGUGUACAGUUGAUUUAGUGGAAUUAAAAGAGAAUAGUUUUUUUUCCACUUUUUACAUCAAGCAUUGCAGAUAUCUCUUUUUCGGUCUGAUUGAAAGACAUAAGAAUACCUCCAGAGAGAAAGCCGACAUGUUGAAGCUAAUUAUUGGCAUUUAAAUAAGCUGUUAUUGUAUAGUCAUGAUUAUUUAUUGACAUUAUUGACUCUACACAACCACAGAAAUUUGCAUAUCAACUAAUACAGGUCAUUGAGUUUUAAAGCCCCAGUCCUACUUUGUCUUAAUCUUAUAUUGAUCAUAAAGUCCAGAACAGAGUUCAUAUCACAAAACAAGAUCCAGGAAUUGGAAUAAGAGUAUUUUUGUGUUUUGUUUUAUACUAUAUUAUUAGUCAAAAGAAAGCAUUACUAAAAAUGUCAUUUUUUUAAGUUGGGACAGAUACCUGGGACACUUCUGUUUCUUUAUGCAGCAGUUUUAAAGUGAAGUGGUCGGUUUCCAUUCCUUGAUAUCAUUUAUUAGGUAUUGAUAAUUAAUCUGGAUUGUUUAACAGAGAGGUAAAAGUAAUUUUGCAUUACAAGGAUGUCUAAACUAAUGUCUCAUAACCACAUUAAUAAAAUAUGUAAAAGCUUGGCAGUGAUCCCACACUUACGAUACUGAGGAAAGCCGUAUCAAUACAACAGCAGGGAGCCGGACAGUGACUCAUGCGGUCCACCCAUUACGGCAUACAACUCAGUGAAAGCUGAUUAUACAACAACGUUUAUCACUAGUAAAUACUCAUGCCAGCAAGACACUUGAUACUGAAACCGAACAGUCUGAACUGAGUUAUUGUUUAACUACAGAUUAAACAAGAUAAUAAUGAUACAUUAUGAAAUAACUGCCAGGUAUUACAUAUAGAAGAUUACUUUUAGAAGAUGAUUGAAGAACCGCCUUUUUAUUAAUGAUUUACAUGUUUUUUUUAAUUUGAUUUUGGUUAACUUUGUCGGAAAAUAACAGACGUUAAACAAGGAAAACAACAGAAAACCAGGUACAAAACUUCAUAAAUUCCACGCUGCAGGUUAUACAUUUGACAUAAAAUUACAACAAAUGAACAUGCACCUGUGUUUUCAACUGUACAUCCUGUACAUGCAGCCAUGCGUAUACCAAAGAGUACACUUAGAAAUAUCUGUCAUCCGAUAAGGUGAGAUGUGGCACGGACAGAUUGAGCAACAAAAACAUCGGUUCAAGUGAAAGGCACAUUGAAUUCUUCUGAGAAAAGAGUGCAAAGGUCCACUGAAUGAUUGUAUGAUUUAAAGUAGAGGUCAUGUGUCAGUUUCUCCCCAGGGAGAGGAGAUGUGAUCUGGUUUCUCCACAUGCUGACUGUGGGGCAGAAACACUUUCACUGAAGAGAGAGUUGUUAACAGAGAUGUAGUCUGUCUACAAAAGAGACUCAAACGCCUGCAGCUCUCGUGAUGUAGACUCAAGCCUGUGUGGGCCGAUGAUUCUGUGUUUUUAUUCAGGAAAAGCUCAAGCGAAUCAUCCAAACAAAGCUAACUACAUUUGGACUCUUGGACCGUAAGCUGUAACCACUGUAAAUACACGAGGCUCGUGGUGCCAGGGGACCUGACAUGAUCGUGCUACAGUAGACCUUUGUCAUCAUGUGUUUGGCUGUGUGAGUGAGCCAUGGCAACAGCUGAUGGUUGAUGAUGAUCAGACCAUAUUAUUUCUGAGGUGUGUCUGAAGUAAUGUGUCAUGCAACAACAUGAACUGCACAACUCUGAGCAGGACAGGGGGAAGGAAACCAGCACAUGUGGAAACCUGACUUCAGAAAGGAGAAAUGGCACAGACCACUUCUGUUCACUUACGUGUGAUUUGUACAAACAGGAAGUUCAGUGGUGCAAUAUUUUCAAGAACAUGAAGAGAGUAAUUGUACUUCUACUUUUGACCUUUAAAAGAAUUUGUUGUGAUCCCUGGCUUUGGCACACAGCAGUCUCAUUAUAAUUAUUAUAUUGAUUUAAUAAAAAUACCAUUGAUUGCUCAGACUCACCUUUUUUAACUCCGAUUUAGUAUCAGUCAAUAUGCAAGUUACUUUUUUAACGAGAAAAUUCAUGCAUUCUUCAGAAAUCUAAAUCUUAAAGUUGUCGCGCGAAGCUUGAACAUAUUUCAACUCUCCUUUUGUAUUCUUUAUUGUUUUCUACUGCUAAUGUUUGAACAAACUCUAACAGCACCUUCAGCAACUGAGAACUGGUCUAACAGCCUGCAGAUGCUCUUUAACCCGCCUUCAGAGUCUGCAGUACGAACCUUCACUGGGAAUCAGUGUGCACUAACUUUAACAAACAACUCACAACGUUAAACACCUUGUGCAGUUUAAGCCGUCUUGCCAAGUUGAUCGUGACAACUGGGUAAAGAGAAACUCAGAUUCGAAACGGAUCCAAAACUACCUGUGUUAAAUUUUACAGUUUAAACACCUAAUCUGUUUUUGGGUUAAUUUUCCUUCAAUAUAGGGUUUCAGUGUUUUGCAGACCACCUCAUUCUGUGUCUGUUCACAUUUUACACCGCAUCCCAACUGCUUCAAAAAUAGGGUUAUAUUUUAAAAAGCCAAACAUUUAACAGAAUUCCUACGUAAGUAUGGAAAGUAUGGAAGUAGUUUGAUCAAUUUCCACGUCUUAAAGUAUGGUAAAUGAGACAUAAAGAAUGGAAAAAUAUCCAUGUUUCUAGACUAUUACCACAGUUCUGAAAUACUGUUUUAAAAAAAUAGAAAAGUCAUUAUUUCCAAAAAUUAAUUCUAAAAAUUUGGGUAUGGAAAAGUAUGGAAAUUCCAACUGUGUAGGAACCCUGUACUAAAAGUUUUUUUAUGUGUAAAAAAAAAAAAAACAAAGCUGAGAAGAAAAUUAGAGAGGGAUUAAGGAACUACAGCUUUAUAUCUUUAUGUUUUAUUUGAUAUUAUAAGAAAAAUUAUGGUCUGGAAACUUGACACUGGAUAUUUGUGGUUAUUGUAUUUCCUGGUGACCAAAAGUAAAUGGACGGAUUUCUCAAAGGGGGCAAUGGGCAACUUAAACACUAAGAUGAUUUUUUUCUAGCCUAUUUGGUAAACGAUAAUGGGAUAGUUAGCUGGUGGUUUUACCAAAAAGACUCCUGACAAGGUGGGAAUCCCAGAAGAAAGUGCCAAUUUUUUUUAUUUAGACAUUAUUUAUUUGUACGGCUAAGAAACAGCAUCACCUGUAUAAGGCUAUGUUCACACUGCAGCAUCUUAUACGGAAUGCGUCCGUGAAGUGACCCGCAUGCGCACAAAGCACAAAUUUCUUUCCGCGCCUGUUUGUGUUGUCGAACAAUGGUGACGUUUGUCGCAUAUUGAUUACGUAUAGGUUGGAUGAACGCGACAUCUGAUAAAUUUCCGAUUUAUAUCCAUGUACAGAAGAGGCCUGGGUCGGAUUUGAAAAAAUCUGAAUUGUACUGUUCACACUGACAUGAAAAAAUCUGAUAUGAGUCACAUAUGAUUAAAAAAUCUCAGUUGACCUGCAGUGUGAACAUAGCUUAAGGUCCUUUUAUCUACUUUGUGUCUGUUUUCUUCUAUUUGGUUGAUGUCUCUUCUUCCCUUAGUCAGCUCCUGUGCUUUUCUCCUUCUCAUUCUUUUGUUUCCUCUUCUGAAGAACAGAGAGUUAUAUUUCACAUAUCCUUUAUGGCGUCCACCUACGCCACUGGGAAAGAACAUUUUUGUCACAUUAUCAACAGGAAACGGCGACAUCAUAAACAGGACACUGGAUGUGCUGUAGAUUGAUUUAAUAAUAAGUGUGAUGUGUGCUUGUAUCAACAUGCCCUCUUCAUUCCUCCUGCUAUCCAGGAUUAGUUUCUGUAGUUCAGAGUUUUAAUCAACCAGAGUCGAGUGUUUUAACACAGCCGGGUGAUUUGUAAGAAAGCUGAGGACUAAAACCAGCCGACGACCUUUGUCUGUUGUGGGGAAAAUAAUGACAUCAUCCUGGUUAUUUCUGCACGUGCUGUACAGCGAGAAGUUAUAACAAGGUGUGGUCAAGGAAGCAGUAAGGAGAAACUCGUCAGUUUCGAUGCAGAAAUUCUCAGGGUCCAGUAUCUUCAUAUCUGCUGGAAAUUCUCUUUAACUGAAUGUUGAAGAUUGUCCCUGACGUAUCACUCUUGACAUGCUCGUUUACAGUGAUAAGGGGCAAGUACCUGCUUAGUUUGUAAAAGACAGCAUGAUAGUAGAUUGUAGUCGUAUCUAGAGGGCAUAUCAGAAUACCACACUUUACUGUCAGCCGUAGAAAUGUACAAACCUAUCUGCUGUAGCAAAUGUGAAAUCUGCAUGUAAAUACGGUUCCUAACAAUGACAGGUGGAACUGCGAGGGAGUCGGAUAUUUCAGCGCCAUUGUUCUAUUCUUCAGGAGAAAUCCUUCAGGGCCUGUAACCUUCACAGUCAUGGGGCUUUUAUUUUGGUAGUGCACUUAUUAUAGGACUAUUUUUUCUCUUCUGUUGAGGCCGUUAUCAGACCUCAUCAUAUACCGCCAUAGAUACAACAGACUGUCUAUUGUUUAAGAGUUAAUAACCUCUGAUUACAGAUGGACCUGCUUAUCUAUUAGCCAUAUUGUUGUUGUAUAACUUAGUAGAUAAACCUUUAAAGACAAAGAUCAGUCCGGGACAUAUAUGAGGCACUGUCAUUUAUCCUGCUUUAUUUUGAAACUCAUAUUAAUGUCCGUUUUAAACAUAUGUUCAUGUCUUUUUACUUGGUAGGGGGAAGUUUGCCGUGGUCAAGCGCUCCGUGGAGAAAGCCACGGGGAAGGUGUUCGCCGCCAAGUUCCUUCGAAAGAGGAGGCGGGGCCGCGACUGCCGAGCGGACAUCAUCCACGAGAUGGCCGUCCUGGAGAUGGCCCGCAACAACGCCCGUGUGGUCAACCUGCACGCCGCUUACGAGACGGACCAUGACAUCAUCUUAAUGCUGGAAUAGUAAGUUAUUUCUGAACCAACGACAUCAUUGUGUUUUCUAGACCUGCUGAAAACUUCCUGAAUGUUUAAACCACAAACAAGCAAAAGUGCACUCAGCAGUGUGAUCUUGGAAAUACCUGUUUGACCACAUGAGAAGGACCCUCCUCCAGCAGUGGAAGGAGGUUUUUUUUUUUCCUACAACCCUCCUGAAGUUUUUCUACAAUAACAUUUAUUUUUAUUUCAUGAAUGAUUUUGAAAUGUGUGAAAAUAUUUGUGUUUGAGGACAAAUUUGUGCGUGAAGUGACGUGAUUUUGUAUGUCAUUAAAUGUUGUAGACAUGUGACCUUUAGCAACCACCAUACAUCAGGUAAAGGUCAUGAUUUUUGAAUCCCCUAACUGAGCUGCCCAGUCCGAUGAGAAUCUCUCUAAAACCACAAAAGAAGAAGAAGAGAGCGUUCAUGCAGAUGCCAGUAAUAAUAUUUUCCUGAAGUGCCCAUCCCUCAUGCAGAUUAAUCCUAUGAAACAUACAAACACUGAACUGAGCGGACCAGCUUAUGUUACCAUAGCAAACUAUCAAGGGUCCAGAGUCGUGUUUUUCCAACUUUAAGGAGCUGCAACUCUCAUUAUUUCAAAAACAGGUCUGUCAGGAUUUAUCUGCAGACCAAACUCUCCAGCUCAGUUAUGCAGCUUCAGUAAAAAUCAUCUCCCUUUUCUUCAAAUGAACGUCUGUCGUUGUCUGGCUUAGCCUUCGUCUAGUUUUCUUAACCAUUGAAAGAGAAAGCAGAUGUCAGACCAGGAUCGAAUAAAAGGAAAACUCGAGUUGUUGUCUCAAAGUGAAUCGCUGUGAUUUUGCAACCACACCUUUUAAUACUUCUGUAGACUCCUAAAUCCCUCCUUUGGAGCAAAGUCAGCGUCAACAAUUCACCGUGUUGAUCUAAGACAGCCCGGACUAUUAGAGAAAAACAUAAUUAGGAUGUUGAAUAACCUGAAAUGUGAUUAACUCCGCUGAACUUGAUGCUCUGGGCACAACUUUUGGCGUUUGUGUCUUUGUAUUAACGCUGGCAAACAGACUUUUCUGCAGGUCUGUGCCGUGAGUAAGCAGGGAGGAGGCUUCUUUUCUUGCUCAAUCACAGUUUGCCCAAACUUGUUAGCAUCGAACCGGUGACCCUCUGGCAUGGGCUGGUUACCAAGAACAUCAGGCCACCCUUUUAAUUCAGGAGGUUUUUCUCGUUUAAAACGCACCAAGGAUAAGGACGGCGUUGUGUAGUGAUUGUGCAGGUCUGAGGGUGUGUAUCUGUGCAUUUACGGUGUGUGUGUGUUUUUUUGUGGUUCAGCGCUGCGGGCGGAGAGAUUUUCGACCACUGCGUGUCUGAGGAGCUGCUGCCGGAGGUCCAGAUCACUCGACUGAUCAGACAAACACUGGAGGGAGUCCACUACCUCCAUCAGAGCAACCUGGUGCACUUAGACCUCAAGGUCCGCACACAAACACACACUCAUACACACACACACAAAGAGAGAGAGAGACGUGUGCAAGUGUAGCUGCAGUCCAGGGACGCUAUUUUUACAUGUUCCCUCACUUUGCCACCAACUUCCCCCUUCUGUGCUCGGCUGCAUUUUCCCUUUUUUUAGAGCAGUUGUGCUCAAAACCCCAGUUUCCUGUUUUCAUGACACAGUUUGACUCAGAACCAGGAUUAUAGGAGGUAACUGAACCACUCGCCCCGGGCAGAGUGGGAAAGCUCGACAUCACAGGCUAUGUCCACAAAGUGGAGAGACUAUCGGACGUGGAGCUUGAGUAAUAUGAGUAAUAACAGAUCCUCGGCUUUUGCUCUAAAUGAAAAAUAAGCAUCUAGCUGCAGGCGUGGAAAGCUCGCUUCCACGGUAUAAAACAAGAGUUUGAUCAUUUGCCUUGUAACAUUAUCACACAGUAACAUAAGGGUUCUGGACAGGCCCGGUAAAGACAGGCCUGAGGAAAUGUUGGUUUGGCUAAUCCAAAUCUAAGUCACCAAAACUCCAGAUCAUGUAGUGCAAACAAAAACCAGCACACUCUGUCUGUUUGGACUGUUUUUGCACAGGCUGAUACAGUCGUUUAAUAAAAGGGCUGUUUGCAUAGUGUCAUAUGGUCCGAUCAGUAAAUUCUCAGCUCUUGAACAGAUGAUAAUGGAAAGGUAAACACCUGCCCGUUUGAGCGUAAACACGUCUUUGAGUAAGUGUUCAAAGAGAGCAUGAGAGGAGCGGUUAUAUAACCACGUUUGAGCCCGGGUUCAAAGUCCGUCUUAUCUGUUCAGUCUGCUUUACAUGACGCUGACUUUAUCCUUCCUCUCUGAUUCAGCCCCAGAAUAUUCUCCUGACCAGCCUGUCCCCUCCAGGAGACAUAAAGAUCGUCGACUUUGGCCUGGCACGCAGGCUGGGCGCGGUCGGCGAGCUGCGGGAGAUUCUUGGCACGCCUGAGUAUGUGGGUAAGGUGAUGUUCAUGAAACGCGCUUUGAUACUCGGAGACAUUAGACAGGAUGUCAGCGGGAUCACCACAUCAAAGUCAGAAAACUCCGGCGCAGGCUGAGUGUAGUCUUUGAAGUUCACAAAGAACAACUUUCACCAAUUAUCAGUCAUUUUGGUUAAUGAGGCUGUUAGCAUUAGCAUGAGGGCCUCACCUCACCUUGAUGCCACGUAUUAAACCUCAAGAAACCUCAGCUUGUGUCAUUCAGCUACCUGAAGUAGAAUCUGAAAGAGUCAAAAAUACUCAGAUUUGGUUCUUGAUGAUGUUAAAGUUUUGGUUUAGUGAUUUUCAGUUACAGUACAGUGAGGGAAGAAAGAGCAACACAUGAAAUCAGUGAGAAUAACGAAUACUGAUGAGCUGAUGCUUCUCUGCAUUCUGCAUGUUGGAGCUUCACACGGCUGACACACACUCAAUCAUACACCCCUAACACUCACAAGAAAACUACGAACUAGGGCGGGGCGAUACAGCCUCAGAUUAAUAUCAUGAUAUAUUUAUAUUGGUGUUUUUAAUUUUUGGGUUAUCGCCCAGCCCUACUCCAUACAACAGUUUACUACUGAAUGUUAGCUCCUCUACUAAAGCCAGCCUCUGACAGGACUGCUCUUUUUUUUCUGUUAAUGUGAGGAUGUUUGAUUUGAAUGACCAGAAGUUCUGCUCUGAACCAGAGUGUUUGCAUGCAAAUUUGCAGAUAGCGAAAUUUACGACAACAACCGACAUCAUUUUGCCCAUGUUGAUAUAUUCAGUGUCAAAAGAAUAAAUAAAUCAAAGUUGGUUUGGGAUGUGUGUAGGUAGGCUUUGGUCUGGAGAGAUGGAGGACGGUUCUAAAGUUGUAGCAGCUGAAGUAGACAAAGUUACUGUAGGGGGUGAGCAGCUUGUGGAGUAGUUAUCAUCCAUUUAUCGUUAUCGAGGUGAACUGAUCAAUAUAUCGUGAUAUUGACUCAAGGCUAUAUCGCCCAGCCCUACUUCACACCCCUACCGGAGCCACAGAAAUUUCGACAAAGUCUCAUAAGGACCCUUCAGAGUUCAGAACUUAGAUGACUUUUAGAAAACAUGAAACAUGAUUUCAAAGAAGAAACAAGUCGUCUGGAAAUGUUGAAAGUCUGAAGAAGAGAGGGCUCACAUUGAAAUCUCAGAUUAACAUGAUUGUUGGAGGAUAAACAUGAGAUGUUUGUGGAUUUAAAUCUGAGUUUGCUGUACAGCAGAAGUAGAAAAUAUAUCAAGAAGCUUUUAAAUGACAUCUGUUUUUUUUUUCUUCAUUCAGCUCCGGAGAUCCUAAAUUACGAGCCAAUCACAACAGCGACUGACCUUUGGUGAGUUCAUUCGUUCAAACAUACCUGUGACUUCACUCUGAGGUAUGCACAGAGGUUUUCUGUCAGGUCACAGCGAUGUUCUCUGUGUUUGUGUCUAAAACAAAAAGCCGCUAGACAAACACUGGGAUUUAUUUGUAUAUGAAGGUUUAGAUGAUCCCUUGUUGUGCAAAACCACAGACCACAAAGUAGCUGUGUGGAAGCUAAUAGGUGUUUACAGUUUGGGUAGUUAUUUUCUCGCUCGCCUUUCUUCUUCUCUGUAUAGAAGAGUUUCCACUGUCAAACCUCUGCUAUUUCUCUGACAUGCUGUGAUUGUGUUUCUUUGGUUGUGUGUGUGUGUGUGUGUGUGUGUGUGUGUGUGUGUGUGUGUUCCUCCUCAGGAGUGUGGGAGUCAUAGCCUACAUGCUGGUGACAGGCGAGUCUCCGUUCGUCGGCGACGACAAGCAGGAAACGUAUCUGAACGUGUCUCAAGUCAGCGUGGACUACAGCAGGGAGGCCUUCUCCAGGGUGUCCGAGCUGGCCGUCGACUUCAUCCGCAAGCUGCUGGUCAAAUCACCCGAGUGAGUAAAGAGCCGACAAACAGCCCCGGAAUAGAAACCCAGUCAGGUGAUUGAUUCAGAGUGAGAUCAGAGGGAAAUGUUUUCACCGAGCCGUGAAGGAGAAGAUCAGACAUUCUUUUCCAUGAAACCGUCACGUCAUGUUUUAUUUCAGACUCUGCUCCAUGUGAGGAAUUCACUUAGAUCAGCCCGCAGCUCUGAACUCAUGAAGCAUCUUUUCCUCCACAAAAACAGGUUUUUAUGGUCGAACUCGCUGAGAUGAUGAGCGGCAUGUGUACCACACCUGAGGGGAUUUUUCUUUUAGUCUGUGACGGUGUUCCUCUGAUUAUUUUAAAGAUGUUUGUUCUUGUUACACCAGAAUUUACAGACAGACAUAAAUCUAAAUCUUUGUGCUGCUUUAACAAACUUUGACUCUUCUGUGAUUGUUGAUCAGUAAAAAAUUAGCUUUAAGUUUCAUUUAGUUUAUUGAUUCUAGUCUGGAAUGAAAUCUAGUUGUUUCCCCAGAUGAUGUGAAAGUUUUCUUCGUUCUAGAUGUUAAAAAAUAAAUAUCACCAGGACAGGUGUAUUAAACUGUGACGGAAAUAUUGUGUUUUGGACGAGCAGCUUGAGAGAUGAAUGAUGAAUAGUGAGUCGGUGGUUAUGGCAGAUUGAAAUCCUAAUAUGCUGAACAGGACCUGAGCACGAGGCUCAGAGAUCUGGUUUUAACUGUCCGCACAAAAACUGUAGUCUCAGCGAGGUUUGGAGUAUUUAACACGAACAUAAUCAGGUCAAAGAUUCUCGAGUUCUCUUAAGUUCUGAUAUUUUAAAAACCAUGUGAUGUAAUAAUGAUCAUAAAAAUCAAAUAUUGAUUGUUUUGCUCACAGGGACCGGCCCAGUGCUGCCGAGUGUAUGAGCCACCCCUGGCUGUGGCAGCAGCAGUUCUGUCUGAGUCCCGACUCCACCACCGCUGCCACCACCACCCGCACCGUUCGGGAGAGGAGCUGCGGCGCCAAGUGGGCCGCCCCGCCUGAAGACCCUGAAGACAAAGAGAACUUCCUGGAGUCUCCUCACUCUCACGCUAAAAGGUUUCGCUUUGAGGAGGGGAUGGCCGCAGAUGGGGACUUUUGAAAAAUUCCAAUAAAAGAAGCGAAAGGCGGGCGGGGGGACGUCUCCCUCCGAGCUUUUAAAUUCUUUUAAGCUUCCAGAAAACAGCCGCCCAUCACUCAGAAGUACUUACUUAUUUACUUCUUUACUUAAUUUCAAGAUCGACCACUCAGACCAAAGAUAACCAGCUAAAUCUUGAGAUCUCUGGCUGUUUAAAAAGUGUGAAAAUGUGUACAGCACGUCUCAGCUAAUGCAGUGUGUGUAACCUUAAGUAUUUAAUACCUUUUGUCGUCGUUAAAUUCUCCGGUCUUCUCUCAGGGCUGCAGAGCCCUCUCUGUUUUCAGUGUAUGGUUGUGCUGAUCUUGAAGGCUAGUGUUGAGUAAUUCUAGGGAAAUCUAUGCAAUACUUCUCUUGUGCGUUUAUUUUUUUUACCUGUUUUCUCAAGAAAUCUUUCGUAACUCGAUAGCACUCUGCCUUAAAGUCGCAGGUCCAGUGUUCCUAGUCACCAGCACGGCUUACUGUGUCGUUCAGCUGAAAGGACUUUUAUUUAUCGUCGAGGAGGAAUUUCUUUCUCACAGUCUGUGCAUGCGAAGCACAAAGAAGUCAGACUUUCUAAAAGGAGACGUGGAGAUAAGCUCCGCUGCGAUGAGGAAGUGUAGAAGAGAAUAAGGGACCGUGAGACAGCAGCUGUGUGUGGCUGAGAUCUGCUGCUGUCUCAUCAGAGCUAAAACCACCUGCAACAUGUUCACGUCCAAAAGAGUCCAGCAGAGGGGCUGAAUUACACACUCAAGAAUAUCACAUUCCUAAUAAGUCUGCAUUCCUUCAAAGAUAGUCAGUAUUUCCAGUGGCGCUCAAGCGUUUCCAUGAAUCUUCCUUUAGUCACUCAGACUGUAGCACAAAAAAAACCGACCAUGACUGCCGUACUCAGCUGAGCAGACUCCAAACUGAACUCCCCUCUCAGAAUUUGACUGAAAUGGACUGAUAGGCGUGAAGACAGAAGUCGCUCUUCUUCUUUGAGUGUUUGUACGAUCACUUCUGUCGUGUCACCUUCAGAGUUAACAGACGAGGGCUGCUGCAGACAGAAUUAAAAAGCUGUUUUCUUCGAGCUGCAGUUUCUGUCUAAAAAUGAGGUUACAGUCCGAUUCUGAAACAGCUCACCAGCAUCAUUUCCCGUCUUUGUACCGAUCAACUGUUCAAAUCUUCAGAAGGAGUCGGGUUGAAAUUGCAGAAGUAACUCUUUGACGGCGAGGCUUUAAAGGGACACGGUAGUCAUGGCAACCAUCCCCGCCACAGUAUGACAAACUCUUCGAACCGUACGGACUCACAAACCCGUGAAUCAUGCGGUCAUUCACACGCCACACCCGCGCUUACUCAGAGGAUUUCCUCCUGGUCAUCUGGCCCGAAAUGAAACAGCACUUAACUCCACGAGCGUGCGCGUGUCGAAGCGAUAAGCAGCGCUGCAGGAGCUAUUUCUGAAAGUCUGUUUGUUUGUGAGUCCUUGAGAGGCUGGCUGUGUUUUCACUCGUUCACCAAAGCCAUGCAGUCGGCGUGAUUUGAGUCUAAAGCUGCUUUAUUCCUCUGGGCUCAGGCUGCCUGAAGUCACACAAACUCCUGUUGAUCUCCUCUCAGGGCGCGCCGCUCACUCUCUCUGCUCACUCUCUUGCCUGUUUUUAUUUAUGUGCUGGACUUAUACUUUAUAUUUUUGUGUAAAUAAUGCUCACGUGUCUUAUGAGGAAGCGUUGAAAUUAUGUGGUGGUUGCAGCGGAUCGAGAGGUGACUGAAAGCGAGGAUUACUUUGAAGGUGGUUCUAGGAAGUUCAGAGAAAAUGGAAAUGAUAACGGGUCAGGUGGUUUAAGUAAAGAGGAAGGCGAUGAAACACUAUAGGAAAGAUUUAGAGGAGCAGUUUGACAAGUUUGGAAAUAAAAGAUCUAAUAUUUCUAAAAAUGUCAGACUCUUCCUGGGAAGGGGAUUCAGUAUUUCUUGAACUUGGACCCUUUUCACAUAUUUGGGGGACAGAAUGACAAAGAGGUAAAAAAAAAAAAAAGAGUGAAUUUUUCCAGAAGUCAUGAAAAACAAACCUGGAGGGGACACACUAAGAAACGAAAUGUGCUUAGAUUGUCCACACAGACCAGAGAAUAACUUAAGAUGCACAAAAUCAUCAACAAAGAGCACUUUCAGGUGUUUAAAAUCAAGGUUAUAGGUUAUUGAGAGGCAUCAGUAUCUAAUUCUGUUCUAAACCAGUUGAAAAGUCCUUGCAGGAGCUUUUUGUAGGUUCACUGCAGCCUGUUUUGCUGCUCAGGAACAAUUUCAGGUGUUAAAAAUCUCUACAAAGAGUGUAAAUCUCACAGGUGAUGAUCUCCUUCGCUUCUUUAGGUUAUGGAGAGACAGAAGUAUCUAAGUCUGUUCUAAACCAGCUGCUUUUUUUGAGGUUCUGCAGCCUGUUUUGCUGCUCUUGAACAAUUUGAGGUCAUGAAUGUUUGGCUAAAAGGGUCCAGGUUGAAAAAAGGCUGAAGGUCAAGUUGUGAUGUUGGUGUGAAGACAUGUAGGAAUGAAAGGUUUUCAGGUUGAGAAAGUAAACGAUGGCGAUGUCAGCGAAGUUUGAAAGAGAGUAGAAGCGUGACAGGAUGGCGGUCUAAUGUGAAAUAUGAGGUGCUAUUGAGUUUGCAGGAUUUACCACCUUUGUUCGAGUCUAAACCUCACCUCCACUAUAACAUGCAGCGCUGGCAUCUCUGAUUGCUCUUAAUCUCCAGUGAAACAUUCCUCUCUCUCUCUCUGCUCCGAGGUGCCAAGCACAAUGAGACCACAUUGUGUUUUUUGUUUGUUGUUGUCACCAGCUGGUACAAUGGCCUUUGUGUGGGAGAUGGGCGUCUCCGGCCACAGCCGUGCUCUCAUCCGUAUGCUGUCAUCCUUAAAAACUGGAACACACCACACUGUAAAAGAUUUUCAUCUCCCAGAGGAAUCGAAUCUCAUUGCGCUUGUAUUAUUAGUCAGGAUGUUUUCUUUACUGCUGGAAGGUAAAUCCGCUUUAUAGUGUAACGUAUCUCUUAGCUACUGUGUAAGAAAAUAAGCUUGAAACCUACAUCAUCUCAAUUUCAAACUCAGUCUACUCUGCUUUUAUACCUCUCCGAACAGGCGACUGUGUCUCGAACCGUCUCGAUUCAGGACGUCUGAAUUUCACGAGCUCCUUAGUGACACAUUCUGUUCCCUGUCGCUGCAGCGCCUGCAGAAAACAAGAGUUCAGAGUUGUCAUGUCACUUCACCUCAAUAGAAGAUGGACUUGUUUUGCAGCGCAGCGAUGUCAGGGAUCUCACUUUGCAGGAUGACGAAAUGCACAAAUGAUUCGAGGACAAAGUGCCGGCAUUGUCUGCCUCCGUCACUUGAACAUGACUUAUGCUGUGGCGUCCGUGCUCUUAUUUUGUACAGCUAUUGUACUGUUAUUUUCAGCAGCUAGUCACUCGGUGGCCUCUCUCUCUGUGUGUGUGUGAGUGUGUGAGCGAGCGAGUGCUCAUAGUCUGACGCUCGGACCGUGAUCCUCUAAAAAUGGAGCACUAGUUAACAUUCCUGUUUGUUCUCUGUGUGCCCACAGCGAGACUGAAGGAUACUGUAGAUCAGAGUCAAAUCAGACACAAGCACAAGCAAAUAAAUGUUCAUGAGAUGUUUGUUUAUUUUGCAUUUUAUAUUUUUUUAAUGUAUGAGCAUUCUGAUUGCAUCUGAAAUGACUAAAAAAGACUUAAUGUAUUCUGAUCAACUGCAGGCUAAUAUAUAAGCAUCACAAAGCAAACUGAAAAAGCUCAUUAAAGGUUUUAGAAAUAUCUCAUGGAGUGUUUGAUGUCCUUGGUUACUUUCUCCUCACUGCUGCCACCUGCUGUAUCAAGACAUGUAAAACACCCAAAGGUCGGUUCUUUUACAUUUAGACUUCUGCCACAUCUUAAUAUUUUUCAGGUUCAAUUUACCUUAAAAAAUUGCCCUCUUCCAAGCCACCAAAUCCCAUUGACAAAACUAGCAAUUUUACAUAAACAGCCCACAGGAUGAUCUACUGUUGCGCUGCUUCAAUGGCUUAGUCAAUUUUUGUCAAAGUAUGAAACUGACAUUAUUUCGGCUCUUAAAUAACCAUCCAAGAAUCCAUAAUUCAAACCAAAACUUGCUUAUUUAGACGGCAAAACACCAGCAGUUUCUGUGUUUCACAAGGUAAGAAUCGCUUGUUUUGUCAAUGGGAUUUGGUAGCAUCAAACAGAGUCAUACAGUUACUAUUUCUUGUUUUAAAAUAAGGGUCUACUUUUCAUAAUCUCAGCUGAAGUCUAGUACAUUUAGUAUCAACUGAGUUCCAGCUGAGUCUGGACCUUUUUCUAAAAUUCCAGAGUUCCUCCUUGAGUUUUCACUGCCUCAUUUCGAACAUUUACAGCAGAGGAAAAAAGCACAACGACAACAUAAAGCAGACAACACUUUUUAAACCUUCAUCUCAUCUGCCCUCUCAGACUCUCAGGUUUUAAUCAGCGGGUCGUAAACACAAUGGAAUGAUCUGAAGUUACAUUCAGCAGAACGAGUUACAGCCGUCAUCAUCAGCAUAGUGCAAGGGAGCUUCUUCGUAAGCUUACAUUUUGAUCACACACUGAGUAGCACGACAUACACAUGCUGCCACACCGCCACAAAAACAGCGAGUAUGCAUAUUUGAAUAUACUGCAGUAUGCAAAGUCUACAGUCGAUGAAAACAGAUCCAUCCUUUACAAUACUAUCAGAGAAAUCCGUUCAUUCAAACACGACUUUCUUCAUGUAAUGUUACAAUUUUCCUGGGAUAUUUGGUGUCGUGACAAAAUAUCGUUUACUAAGCUCAGGUAUUCUUCAGAAAUGUGAAACAAACCAAAAAAAAAGGAAAAAAGUUUGUUAUUAUCAUGCAGUCAUGAUCGGAACAUAAAAUAUUCUCCAACUAUUUGGAUCAACAAUAAUCGCUUGGAGUAAACUUCUCUGAAGUUUUAAAGCACUAACAUAAUCAAUAUUUAGUUUUAUUCCUUUGUUUUGGAAAGUUAAAUAAUUGUUUAGUGGAUUAAACAAACUCAAUUUUACUAUUUUUUAACUCAAAGAGAAAUAAGUGCUAAGACGAGUCAGCUGAUUUGUAUCCAAAGUGCAACAUCUGGAUAAAAAGAAAAGAUUGAGGAACAAUCUGCUACAAAAUCAAGGAAUAAGAUUUUUCUCCUCCUGGUUUAUGAGUUUAGAUUCAUGAACCACACGACGUUAAAUACAAUCAAGAAUCUCUGAUGAGGAAGUUCAGACAUUCACCCGUCUAAAAGUAGCUCAGCGCGAGUGCAGGUUUAAGGAGAAUGUAAAAGCUUUAGCCAAACAAACGAACAAAUAAACAAAGUUAAAUUAAAAUCACAGACGGUAGAAUUAUAUUCUAGACUUGUUCACAUAAUUAAAAGGGAUAUUCUGGCGUAAAGUUAAUUUAGGGUCAAACACAAAGUUAGACACCCCCUCCAGAGAUGAAUGUUGCCGACCGCUUGCUCCUCUAGUUAUACCAACUUUAGUAACGACAGCAGAUAGCAAUACAGAGAGCCACCAAAAUGCCACUCUAUAACCACAAAUAAUGCUCAGAACAGAAUAAUGCUUAAGUUGGUAUAACUAGAGAAUCAAGCGGUCGGCAUCAUUCAUCUCUGGAGGGGGUGUCGAACUCGGUUUUAUGCCAGAACGUCCCUUAAACAGAAAGAUAAUAAAUCAAUUUCUUCUAAAUCAACAGCUCUGCGGAGACUUGGAGCCUUAAUCAAAGUUAAAUCUAUUUUAGAUCUACAUAAUCCUCCUCAGAGCCAACAGGGACCCCAUCCCACUUUGUCCUACCCCUGGUUUAGGAGUCUCCUCUACAGGGAACUUGAUGUCCAGAAUGAAGCUACAGCUAAUUUCAGCUGAUGAGGCGCAGACAGAGAACAUCCACCCUGCUCACUGCCUCAUGUUUCUCACUUUCAUGUAUGUCCGAUGAUUGUCCAAUCACAAAUUUUGAUGUUUAAUCUUUUGUUUUCCAACACAGAAAUCUGCUCUUUUAUUACACUGAUUGUAUUUCCAGGUCAAAAGGUGUGUCUGAACCUCAGGAGCAGGUCUAAACGGGGUAGGGGUAGGACCAGCUGAGGGGACUAAGGCUGCAGCAGGACAUCAGGGAAUCAUUCAAGCCGGGAGCAAGUGCAUGUAGUUUGAGACAGAACCAAGCAGAAUCUGCCCCACUCUGGACUCGGAGCCCUUAGAGGACAGUAAAAUGAGGUAAGAGCAGCGGAUAAGACACUCAGAACUCCUGGAUGACCCUGAAGUGGUUCUCGAUGGAGGGGGGCUCGUCCUCAAAGUGCAGCUUCUUACUGGGGCAGGCCCCGAACUCCUCCAGGGUCUUAAUGAAGAGUCUGUGCUCACGGCCCACCCAGGCCCUCAUGGGGUCACACACCUCGUACGGGGUCACGUGGGCGUGGAUGGACACCCCGCUGGAGGCCAGUUCUUUCAGCACCUGCUUGUCUGUCACCCAGGUCUCGCUGCCCCCCGGGUGUCCCCCGUCCAGCCAGAACAUGUCGGUGAUGUGUUUGAUGAAGUAGGACAGCUGGGGGUCCGCGCGGGCCCCGGGCAGCUCGUACACCAUCUGGUUCAGGACCACGCAGCCUUUGCUGAAGCCCACCACGACGAGGGAGAAGCCGGAGGGGAUGCUGUCAGCGCCUCC